AUGUCUCCGAGCCCCAUCGAAGAGCAGGCAACGAGGCUUCUGAAAGAGGUACCUCUGAUCGACGGCCAUAAUGACUUUCCAUACAUGAUACGCGGAUGGUUCCGCAAUGACAUCAAUGGCCAGGAUGCCCAUCUGUAUGAUAUGCCCAUCGGGCAGACGGAUCUCCAGCGUCUACAGAAGGGACUGUUGGGUGGCCAGUUCUGGAGCGCAUUUGUGCCUUGCCCCAAGAACCCCGACAAGGAGGUCGGCAGUCUCGAGGCCCUCCGCCAGACACUCCAACAGCUCGACGUGAUCCACAGACUGAUCGAAAGACACCCGACGAUCCUGCAAUUCGCCGACUCAGCGGCCAGUAUCUGGAGCAGCUUCCGUGCGGGCCGCGUCGCGAGUCUGAUCGGCAUCGAAGGCCUCCAUCAGAUCGCCGACAGCGUCAGCGCGCUGCGCAUGCUGCAUCGACUGGGCGUUCGCUAUGUGACGCUGACGCACAACUGUCACAAUGCGUUUGCGGACGCGGCGACCGUAUCCCCUGAGCUCCACGGCGGACUAUCCCGCAAAGGAGAGCGGCUGAUUCGCGAGCUCAACCGCAUGGGGAUGAUGAUUGACCUCUCGCACACGUCACACGAGGCCCAAACACAGGCACUGCGGCUUUCUCGGGCACCGGUCAUCUACUCUCAUUCUUCCAUAUACAGUCUCCGUGCACACGCCCGCAACGUCACGGACGAAAACCUGCACCUGCUGCAUCGCAACAGAGGCGUAGUCAUGAUCUGUUUCCUGCGCGAGCUGCUCGCAUCGGAGGCUGACCAGGCCACGCUGGCCCAUGUCAUCGAUCAUAUCAUCUACGCUGGGACGCGAAUCGGGUACGAGCACGUCGGCAUCGGGUCCGACUUUGACGGGAUGCUCCGCGGUCCGGAUGGGCUGCAUGACGUCUCGUGCUACCCUGCCCUGGUGGCUGGGUUGCUUGAGCGCGGAGUAUCCGAGGAGGACGUCAAACGGGUGAUGGGAUUGAACGUCAUUCGCGUGCUGGAGGAGGUGGAGCGUGUUGCGGCAGAGCUUCAAGGGGCCGGGGAAGAAUGUCUCUGUGACGAACUCGACGAGGUGUGGAACGAGGAUAUCAAGGAGCAGUUGACGCGGGAGCGAGAACGGGUGAGGAAGUUGGGGCCUCAAAAGUAG